CUUCACCGAUGACGGCGCCCAAUCCCCAUGCUUUACCCCUUUCAGUGCCGGGAAUAAAUGAUUCUCAAUGGCUUUGGUUUAGAUGGGUGGAUCAGAUCCUCUGUGGACACGAGCACGGUUCGCGACUUCUCUCGCUGGAGGCGUUGAUGGCUCUACUGCUGAGCAUGAGAUUUCGGCGACAGAGGAGUUGGCGGCGAAGACUAAUUCGACGAUUGUGAAUUCGUUCCAGAAGAUUUCUCUCCUAGUUCUUCCACGGAGAGAAUCGUACGCCGAUAAUGAUGUCAAGGCUCAGAGCUCCGGGGAGGUAUCAGAGGCUCUAGGGUUUGAUUUCCAACCGGAGGAGAAAAAAUCGGCGAAAAAACUAUCACAUGAGCUCGUGGAGAGAAUCAUCUGUUCGUAGAGGUACGGUCGGCGACGGUCUGCAUAAGUCAGCCACCCCAUCUCUGUUCCCAUCAAUUCCUGCUCUACCGGCGGAGGAGGAUGUCGUGUCGUCUUCCCUUCGGGCAUCUACCUAACCUCAUCAUCUUCCUCAUAUAAACGUCGUGAGUUCAAAAUUUUAUUUAAUUCUGAUCCUAAAUCCAAAUCACCGUUUCGAGGCUACCAAACAUUGCAAGAUUUUUUUUUGCUUAUCCAAUAACAGUUUGCCCAUGGAAGAAUUUUCGUUUUAUUUUGAAACCAUUACCCAUUAAAACGAAUAAAUGCAAGAUCACAAACAUAUAAUAGUCACAGGUGAAGAUCCCAGUCCCAGGAACUUCAAAUCAAACAAAUUCUUCCCCUUCUAAAUUUCAACUAUCUGCAGAUAUGUUGUUUGGUCAAAGCGUAUUCGGUGUAGACUUCAACCAAAAUCGAUGUCUUCACAUACGAACGCAGGGUUAUAUCUCUCUUCACAUACGAACGCAGGGUUAUAUCUCUCUGAUAUCUCCUCUCUCUGCCUCUCUAUCUAGGGUUAGCCGGCAAAAUGAAAUUGCAAAACCUGAGUUUGGGUUGACGAAGUAAGUGGAAUGAAGUGUUUGGCCACUGUGAUUACACGGUGUUUGGUUCACAAGAUAAAGAAAGCUUGGGUUUAAAUUAUACAAACUUAGGUUUGGUUAAGUAUAGAUAGGAAACGACAAAAGGGCAAUUUAGUUAUUUAAUUCAUUUAUUUGUUUUUGUCAGUCGACAAUAUUUGAUAGGGGGUCUGACUGAAUUUUUGUAAAAGUGGAGGUGACCUUAAAAAUUGAACAAACCUAAGGAGGUGUAACUUAAAUUAACCCCAAAAAAAAACAUAUUGUUAAUAAAUCAAAACAGUCGUUUCUUUUAAAUUUUGAAUAUCAGUAAUUCGAAUAACCAAUGAAUGAGUACUGCCCAGUAAAAAAUUACUCAGAGAGAACAAUUAAAUUACUAAAAAAAUAAAUUAAAUGGGAGCCGUAAUUUAAAUAAAUAAUAUAGAGAACAAAUAAAAAAGGAAAAAAAUAAAAAGAAAAGAAUGAGAAAGGUGGUUGGCUAAACCCUAAACCCCAAAAACACAAUUGCGCCUCUCUCUCACACAUUUUGCUACUCGAAACAUAUUUUCACACUUCGCAGUGCUUCAAUGGCUUCCAAAUGCAGCAGAUUGGUCAACAGAUCGUCUAUUUCGUCUCUCAAGUCCGCCAUUAAAUCGAAUAUUCGAACAGCUUCGCCUUCAAUUGACAGAUCUGCUACUUCAUCAUCUUCAAGGUUUGCUCUUCCCACCAGAUCCACCUCAUCACCACUCCGCCGCUUUUCCUUGUCCAGAUCUCCAUCAGAGCUUGGAUGUGUUCAGUCUAUGUUGCCUCUACACAGUGUGGUAGCUUCAGCAAGGAUGACUUCGUGCCUGAGUACAACUUCGAGGAGUUGCAGAGCUCUUUCACAGGGUACACUUUGUUGCACCUCUCCCGGCCUCUAAUAUUUUUUGUUGUUUGAGUGCACAUGAGUUUCCCUUUUGUUGAAAGAAAUAUACUGGGAUUUGACAAGACCUACCAAAUAUGAUUCAGUUCGUCAUUCUCAAAUGAAAUUGAUGGAACGUGAGAGAUUGUGCUGUUUCUGGAGAGCUUGGUCUGUCAGUUCCUAGGUGAUAUUGUUGUUAGCAGAUCAUCUCAUGAGGAGGAGAAAUCUUCAAUUGAUUGGAAAAUCAAGGUUUUGUAAUUCGUCCCAGGAAAAUUCUGUCAAUUUAUAGAAACUGCUCUAACAUUUUACAUAGCAGUAAAAGUAAUGUUGAUUCUUUACAUCUCAGAUGUUGUUUUGUGAAAAUAAGUAUGAAGAAUUAGCUUAUUAUUAUUAAUUUUAUAUGCUUUCUCUUA